UUCUUUUCAAACCUCUGUGUUUCAUUAAAGUCCUUGCCCUCCAUUACCGAUCAAAAUUCACCAAACCUAUGAUCAGUGAUCAUACUAUGAUGACCACUGCAACUACCGACCAGUGGACGAUGCAGUUCUAUGACCAAAGUCCUGAUCAUGAUGAUGAUAUUAAUAAUCUUCUUCAGGUUUCGGCCAUGGAAGGAUUGAUCUCUGAUGCUAACACCAUCGUGACGACGACGACAUCCUCGUCGUCUAGCCCUAGUCCCACAAGCCCAAAGGCCGUUAAUGGCUCCAGACCGAUACGAAGAAGGUCGAGGGCUUCAAAGAGAACCCCAACAACACUACUCAACGCCAGCACCACCAACUUUAGGGCGCUGGUGCAGCAGUUCACAGGGUGCCCUAGUAGUACGGCCAUGUCUUUUGAGGUCUAUAAGGGACCUAUCACCUUAAAUUUCCAACAAGGAAGACGACAAGUCGUUCAUCAUAACACAUCAAGGAAGGUCACGACGACGUUGCCGUUUGUAAACACAGGUUUCAGUACUGAUGUCCAUCAUCAACAUCUUCAGCAUCAGCAACAGCAGCAGCUAGCAGAUCAGCAACAAUGGAGGCUGCAGCAAGAUCAUCAUCAUCAUCAGCAGCAGCAGCAAACUGGUGAUGAUAAUUUAUUUGAGUAUAACAGCGGUACUGACUUGUUUUCGAGUUCAAUUAACUCGUCGAAGCCUAGCAUGGAGAGAUCUGAUGAGUUGAUCGUGGAUCAUAACUAUAGUUUGCAUGACUUGACCAUGAAUAAUGAUUUCUUCUCCAAUAAUAAUGAUGUUAUUCAGAAUGGUAGUUAUUUCAUGUGAUACGGCAAGUUAAUUAAGUCUUUUGUAAGGGUUCUUAACAUAAUCAUGUAGAUCUAUCUCUUCUUCAUUUAUGUUAGAAUAAGAUAAAAAGUCCACUGUCCUUAAUUACAAAGGUUAUAGGGUGCAACUGUUUAUUUUGUUUUUCAAUUCAAUUUCUUUCUUGGUUUA